CCCUCGACUGUGCUUUUUAUCAACCCCUCUACGAUCUUCAUUAUUUUUAAAAUGCCUAGAUUAGCGGAUGAUGUUGAAGAGGGUACCUUCGGAGCUCGUUCCAAGUAUAACCUUAAGAAAGCGGCCAUCAUCGGCGCUGUGGCCAUUGUGGGCCUCGUUGGUUUGACCGCCAUUGUCAAGUCUUUUGGAGGGGAUAACUUCCCGUCCGAGCCAUUGUGUCCGGUCCCAGCCUAUUUUAGUGCCAAUUCCACCGCAAUCACUAACAGAUCCAAGCAAUUCCUCUCCGACAAGGAGUUCAUCGCUCAGUCGGUGGAGAAGUUGUCCAAGGCGGUCCAGGUUCCGACCGAGGUUUACGACAGCCAACCUGAUGUGGACGAUGCCCCAGAGGUCUGGGCUAAGUUUGGGAAGUUCCAUCACUACUUGGAGGAAACCUUUCCUACCGUGUAUGCCAACCUAGACGUUGAUAAGAUCAACACCUGGGGGUUAGUUUUCACAUGGAAGGGGAAAAACACCGACUUGAAGCCAGUCUUGUUGGCUGCGCACCAAGAUGUGGUUCCGGUGCAGAAGGAAACCAUCAAAAACUGGAAGUACGAUCCGUUCUCCGGUCAUAUUGGCAAGAAGUACUUGUUUGGCCGUGGUGCGCUGGACUGCAAGAAUUUGUUGGUUGGGUUAAUGGAGACGGUUGAGCAGUUGCUUGCCGAUGACUUCAAGCCUCAAAGAUCGAUUGUGUUGGCGUUCGGGUUCGACGAGGAGGCUUCCGGUGAGCAAGGUGCCCGUUACAUUUCCGAGUUUUUACUUAAAAGAUACGGCAGGGACUCUUUUUACGCUGUGAUCGACGAGGGAGACGCGGGAUUGGUUAAAGCUGGGGGUGGCAGCCAGUUUUAUGCCCAGGUUGCCACCGGUGAAAAGGGCCAUGUGAACGCCCACAUCGAGUUAACCACCCCUGGCGGCCACUCGUCGGUUCCCCCGGACCACACUUCCAUCGGGAUCAUGAGCAGUUUGCUCAAGUUGCUUGAAGACGAGCCGUUUGAGGCUGCUCUAGUGGAAGAAAACCCAACCUUGGGCUACAUGCAGUGUUUGGCCGAACACGAUCCUUCAAUGCCAAAGAAGCUCAAAACCAGCAUCUUCAGGGCCAUCUUGAGUAAGGCUGCCAACUCCAAGGUGGUGGACUACCUUUCUAAAUCUAUUGCUGACCGCUACUUGGUGCGCACCUCCCAGGCGAUUGAUAUUAUUCAGGGUGGGGCCAAGUCCAACGCCUUGCCAGAACACGUCUCAGUGAUUUCCAACUAUAGAAUCAACAUUGGCUCAUCUGUCAACGAAACUCUUGUCCAUGUGACAGAAAAGAUCAACCGGAUCGCCAAAGAGUACGAUGUUGGCUUCUACCAGGAGGGCGAGGAGAUUCGUAAGGACGAACACGGCAACGGCCACUUUAGUUUGUCCGUGGUGGAGCCAUUGGAGCCAGCACCUGCGUCACCAACCGAUAAGGACUCCAAGGUGUGGAUGACGUACGGAGGUGCCUUGCGCCACUUCUAUGAGAACGUCUUGGGCGUCGACGGCAAAGUUAUUGUUACACCUGGUAUUCUGACUGGUAACACUGAUACCAAGUGUUACUGGGGCUUGACCAAGAAUAUCUACAGAUACGUUCCAGCCUUGAGCGAUCUUGGCACUAUUGAGUCAGGCAUCCACUCUGUGAAUGAAAAGAUUGAAAAGGAAAACCACAUCCACAUCAUUGCCUUUUAUUACGAAUACUUACAGGCUAUUGACAAGGUUACUGACGAAGAAUAGUGGCAAUAGAUAGAGUACUUAUGCAAAUCGAAGAUAAUUGAACCUAUGUAGAUGGCACUCAAAUGGAUGGUUAAAUGGAUGAUGGUUCAAUGGAUGAUUCAAUGGAUGAUUCAAUGGAUGAUUCAAUGGAUGAUUAAUUAGAUAAUGAUUAAUUAGAUAAUGA